AGAGAUGGUGGGGGCGGCGGGGCUCAUGGCUGAAGGGAACUGGAAGGUGUUGGAGCGAAGAGCCCGGGCCAAGCGCUCAGUUUUGAAAAUUGCUGUAGUUUAGCCUUCGACGCUUAUGAUUAGAGUCAACAGUUUGAAAUGGCCAGCUCACCUGAUGCCAUCGUCUCUUCUCCACCUGCUUUCUUAAGGUCUGACUCAGUUUAUGAACCUCUGAAAAGCAUUAAUCUUCCGAGACCUGAUAAUGAAACUCUGUGGGAUAAAUUGGAUCAUUAUUACAGAAUUGUCAAGUCAACAUUGCUGCUAUAUCAAAGUCCAACCACAGGUCUCUUUCCCACUAAAACAUGCGGUGAUGACCAGAAGGCAAAAAUCCAUGACAGUCUGUACUGUGCUGCUGGGGCCUGGGCUUUGGCUCUGGCAUACAGGCGCAUUGAUGAUGACAAGGGAAGGACCCAUGAGCUGGAGCACUCGGCUAUAAAAUGUAUGAGAGGAAUUCUCUACUGCUAUAUGCGUCAGGCCGAUAAGGUCCAGCAGUUUAAGCAGGACCCACGCCCAGCAACCUGUCUUCACUCUGUUUUCAAUGUGCAUACAGGAGAUGAGAUCCUCUCCCAUGAGGAAUACGGCCAUCUUCAGAUAAAUACAGUAUCACUCUAUCUCCUUUACCUUGUGGAAAUGAUUUCCUCAGGACUCCAGAUUAUCUAUAACACUGAUGAGGUUUCUUUUAUUCAAAACCUUGUAUUUUGUGUAGAAAGAGUUUACCGUGUACCUGACUUUGGUGUCUGGGAAAGAGGAAGCAAAUAUAAUAAUGGCAGCACAGAGUUACAUUCAAGCUCUGUUGGCUUAGCAAAAGCAGCUCUAGAAGCAAUUAAUGGAUUCAACCUCUUUGGCAACCAGGGCUGUUCUUGGUCGGUUAUAUUUGUGGAUCUUGAUGCUCACAAUCGCAACAGGCAAACUUUGUGUUCGCUGUUACCCAGAGAAUCAAGAUCUCAUAACACAGAUGCUGCCCUACUACCCUGCAUCAGUUAUCCUGCAUUUGCCCUGGAUGAUGAAGCUUUGUUUAGCCAGACACUUGAUAAAGUAGUUAGAAAAUUAAAAGGAAAAUAUGGAUUUAAACGUUUCUUGAGAGAUGGUUAUAGAACAUCAUUGGAAGAUCCCAACCGACGCUACUACAAACCAGCUGAAAUUAAGCUCUUUGAUGGCAUUGAAUGUGAAUUUCCCAUAUUUUUCCUUUACAUGAUGAUUGAUGGAGUUUUUAGAGGCAACCCCAAACAAGUAAAGGAAUAUCAGGAUCUUUUGACUCCAGUACUUCAUCAGACCACAGAAGGUUAUCCUGUCAUACCAAAGUACUAUUAUGUGCCAGCUGAUUUUGUAGAAUAUGAGAAAAGAAACCCUGGUAGUCAAAAGCGAUUUCCUAGCAAUUGUGGCCGUGAUGGAAAACUCUUUCUUUGGGGACAAGCCCUUUAUAUCAUUGCAAAACUUCUAGCUGAUGAAUUAAUCAGUCCUAAAGACAUUGAUCCUGUCCAGCGCUAUAUCCCACUACAGAAUCAACGUAACGUGAGCAUGAGGUUUUCCAAUCAAGGCCCACUGGAAAAUGAUUUGGUUGUUCACGUAGCACUCAUAGCAGAAAGCCAACGCCUUCAAGUUUUCCUCAACACAUAUGGUAUUCAGACUCAAACACCUCAACAGGUAGAGCCCAUGCAAAUUUGGGCUCAGCAGGAGCUGGUGAAGGCUUAUUUCCACCUGGGUAUCAAUGAAAAAUUAGGACUCUCCGGAAGGCCAGAUAGGCCCAUUGGCUGCCUCGGUACAUCAAAGAUAUAUCGCAUUCUAGGAAAGACUGUGGUUUGUUACCCUAUCAUCUUUGACCUAAGUGAUUUCUACAUGUCUCAAGAUGUUUUACUGCUGAUAGAUGACAUAAAGAAUGCACUACAGUUCAUUAAGCAAUACUGGAAAAUGCAUGGACGUCCACUUUUCCUUGUUCUCAUCCGGGAAGACAAUAUACGAGGUAGCCGAUUCAACCCCAUAUUAGAUAUGUUGGCAGCCUUUAAAAAAGGAAUGGUUGGAGGAGUCAAAGUUCAUGUUGAUCGUCUACAGACACUAAUAUCGGGAGCUGUAGUAGAACAACUUGACUUCCUACGAAUCAGUGAAACAGAAGAGCUUCCAGAAUUUAAGAGUUUUGAGGAACUAGAACUUCCCAAACAUUCAAAAGUCAAACGACAAAGCAGUACCCCCAGUGCUCCUGAACUAGAGCAGCAACCAGAUAUCUCCAUUACUGAAUGGAAGAACAAGCCCACCCAUGAAAUUCUUCAAAAACUGAAUGACUGCAGUUGUCUGGCUAGCCAAGUCAUCCUGCUGGGUAUCCUGCUCAAAAGAGAAGGCCCUAACUUCAUCACCAAAGAAGGUACCGUUUCUGAUCACAUUGAGAGAGUCUAUAGAAGAGCUGGCAGCAAAAAGCUUUGGUCGGUUGUGCGCUGUGCAGCAAGUCUUUUAAGUAAAGUAGUGGACAGCCUCGCCCCAUCCAUUACUAAUGUUUUAGUGCAGGGCAAACAGGUAACUCUGGGUGCCUUUGGGCAUGAAGAAGAGGUUAUCUCUAAUCCUUUGUCUCCAAGAGUGAUUAAGAACAUCAUCUAUUACAAGUGUAAUACCCAUGAUGAGAGGGAGGCAGUCAUUCAGCAAGAAUUGGUCAUCCAUAUUGGCUGGAUCAUCUCCAAUAACCCAGAGUUAUUCAGUGGCAUGCUGAAAAUACGAAUUGGGUGGAUCAUCCAUGCUAUGAAGUAUGAACUGCAGAUCCGUGGUGGAGAUAAGCCAGCGAGAGACUUGUAUCAGCUGUCACCUAGUGAAGUUAAACAGCUUCUGUUGGAUAUUCUCCAGCCUCAACAGAAUGGAGGAUGUUGGAUGAACAGGCGUCAGAUUGAUGGGUCUUUGAAUAGAACUCCCGCUGGGUUCUAUGACAGAGUAUGGCAGAUCCUGGAGCGAACUCCCAAUGGAAUCAUUGUAGCUGGGAAGCAUUUGCCACAGCAACCAACCCUGUCAGAUAUGACCAUGUAUGAAAUGAAUUUCUCUCUCCUUGUUGAAGACAUGUUGGGGAGUAUUGACCAGCCAAAGUACAGACAGAUUGUUGUGGAGUUACUAAUGGUUGUAUCCAUUGUACUGGAAAGAAACCCUGAGCUGGAAUUUCAAGACAAAGUAGAUCUAGACAAACUGGUGAAAGAAGCAUUUCAUGAAUUUCAAAAAGAUGAGAGUCAACUAAAGGAAGUUGAAAAACAAGAUGACAUGACUUCCUUUUACAACACUCCCCCGCUGGGAAAAAAAGGAACAUGCAGCUAUUUGACAAAGGUUGUGAUGAAUUUGCUGCUAGAAGGAGAAGUCAAACCAAGCAAUGAUGACCCAUGUCUGGUUAGCUAGUGAGAAACGUGUAAGAGGCUCUGUUGAGACAUGUUUUCUAGUAGUGUGUUAAAUUUUGUAUUGAAGCUUAGUUCAGGCCACCAUUAAUGUAUGGACUGAGUAUGUUGGUGAGGUGGUUGCCACAUCCUUGGCAGAGUCACUGGACCUCUUGCACGCCAUAGCCUAUCUAAUGGUAAGAAAUGCUUUAACUAAGUAGAAAAAGUUCUGAUGAUUAUUAUGCCAACAACAAUAAUAAUCUUUACUGAAUGACAGAAAUAGCUUAUGAAUUGAAGGUUCACCACUGCAUGUUUUAUGAUCAAAUAACUCAUCAAAAUGAAUCUUUGCUCUUUGGACUAAAUUCCUACCUUACUGCCAUUAAAAUGAAUUUUCCAGCUAGUGGUGCAUACUGGGAAUGAAAAUAUAUUGAAAGAAUGGUGAACUUAACUUAGUGGCAUUGUUAUACUAAAAAAAGAUAUUAAAAAUCAUAAAAGCAAAUCUGCCAGCUAAUGUUUUGCUUCUCAGAAACUGUAUUGUUGAUGAUAUUUUAGUGUACAGAGCUACCCUACAACUUUUACCUUGUAAACAUGACUAUAGUUUUGUAUUUGGGCUGACUUUAGGGGCUGGACUAAAAUACAGUGUAAUCUAUACCUGAUUAGACAUUUUUCUUUGAGCCCUUACUAAAAAUAUGGCAUGUGUAAGAUUUUUCAGAAGUAUGGACUAUUAAACUAGUUUGUACUAGUAAAAACAAAAUUGAAAAUCAUUAAAUUUUAUUUCUGAA